AUGGCUGGCGAAGUACGGGAGGAGGAGAGCCUCCGGGUGAAAAUAGGGGAAGCUAAGAACCUACCUCCCCACACUGUCUCCAAUGCUGGCCGCAACACACUGUGUACAAUCAAACUUGAUCGCGAAGAAAUCUUCAGGACACAGAUUGUAGAGAAAGAUCUCAAUCCAUUCUACGGAGAGGAGUUUUCUGGAGAGAUUCCACAUAAAUUUCGAUACCUGUCAUUCUAUAUCUAUGAAGCCAGUCAGAAAACAAACAAGGUUUUAGGGAAAGUUUCUCUGCGGAGACAAGAACUGUAUAAAUACCACGGAAAGGAUCACUGGUUUCCUCUAGUUCCAGCUGAUGCUGAUUCAGAAGUGCUGGGCAAGGUUCAUUUGGAGAUUAAAUUUGAUGAAUUUCUUUGUACAGAUUCAGAACCAACACAAGGACUAUCCAUCAGGGUCGUAGAGUGCAGUGACCUAACUGUUGUCAAUGGAGCAUGUAAUCCAUAUGCAGUUGUGACAUUGAACUACAAAGCAAGACACAAACAGGAAAUCAAGCGAACAAAUGUGCGGAAAAAAACCAUUUGUCCUCAUUUUGAUGAAACCUUUUUCUUUUUGUUAGAAAACAAAGGUCAGAACCAUGACCGGAACAACUAUAACAUAGAGCAUGCGUUCAAAGCCUAUGUAAGUGUAUCCCUCUGGCAUGAUGAUUCACUGGUUUCACGUGAGGUCCUGGGAGGAAUGUUUCCAGGUUCAUUUCUGGGUGAGGUGAAGAUCCCUCUUCAUAACCUCACUACAGGUACUUCACACAAGGCCUGGUACUGCCUUGGAAGCCGAGAGGGCUGGAAACAGUCCCAUCAGGACCUCGGAGCACUCCGCCUCAAAAUCUCCUAUACCUCAGAACAUGUGUUCAAAUCCGAGUAUUAUAAUGAUCUCAGGGAGCUUCUCCUGCAGUCUGUGCAUACUGAGCCGGUAUCAUCUAGUGCAGCUGCUAUUCUUGGUGAUGUAGUUGAAUGUAGACAGGAUGCUGCACAACCAAUCAUGAAGAUAUUUCUCCACCAUAAAAAAUUAGUCCCAUUUGUGAAGGCCUUAGCAAGAGCAGAAAUCAAACGAACUUCGGACCCUAACACAGUUUUCCGGGGUAAUACCCUGAUUACCAAGGUGAUAGAUGAACUGAUGAAGCUAGUGGGAUUACCAUGUCUGCAUGAAGCCAUCAAAGCAACGGUUGAUGAAAUUUGCACAGAACACCUGUCUUGUGAAAUUGACCCAGCUCGAAUUAAGGACGGAGAGAACAUUUCUGACAAUAUGAAAAAUUUAAAACGUUAUGUUGAACAAGUUUUCCAGAAUAUUGUCCACUCUGGUUUGACAUGUCCAACUAUCAUAUGUGAAGUGUUUUUUGCUCUGAAAGAGGCAGCUCAAGAAUAUUUCCCAGAUAACCCACAGGUACGGUACCAGGUAGUAAGUGGCUUCAUUUUCCUGCGUUUCUUUGCUCCUGCCAUCCUUGGACCACGAUUGUUCGACCUGAGGACAGAUACGCAGGAUGUGUGUGUGAAUCGUACUCUGACACUUGUGUCGAAAGCCUUGCAGGGCCUGGGUAAUCUAGUCAGUUCUAAGUCACUAUCCUUUGGUCUGAAGGAGGAGUACAUGGUUCCUUUAUUCAAGUCCUUCAACGAUUCUGAACAUAUAAAUGGCAUCAGAAUGUAUCUGGAUAUAAUAUCUUCAGCUGCACGAGCUCAUACAAAAAGUGUCGUCAUAGAGGCCCCAAUCGUGCUGAAAGAAGGAUUUCUUAUCAAACGUGCUCAGGGAAGAAAAAAGUUUGGUGUGAAGAAUUUCAAACGACGUUAUUUCUGUUUGACCAAUCAGCACUUCUAUUACUCAAAAAUUCGGGACGAUCCACCCUUGUGUGUGAUACCUAUUGAAGAUAUUCUUGCUGUGGAAAAGCUUCAAGAGGAAUCCUUCAAAAUGAAAUAUAUGUUUCAGGUGGUACAGCCACAAAGAGCUCUCUAUAUACAGGCCACCAACUGUGUUGAAGAAAAAGAAUGGUUGGACAUUCUGACAAAAGUUUGUCACACCAACAGGAACCGAUUAAAGGUGUUUCAUCCUGCUGCUUUUAUCAAUGGUCACUGGCUGUGCUGUAAGGUACCAGACCAGACAUCUCCUGGCUGUACUCCUGUCACAGGAGGACUAUCUGUUGCAGACAUACAAGUCAAUAUUGACUCUGACAGAGAGAUGGAGAGAAUACAUUCCUUAUAUUUAAACUACAUGGAAAAGCUGGAAGCUAUGCAAGUUGAUCUUUUGUCGUCAGAUGCUUGCGCCUCUCAGGAAGUUUACAUGGGAGAUGAGCCAGUUCACCAGCCAUACAUUGAGGACACACAAUCCUGCUUCAAGACUCUAAAUCAGGUGCUGACUUGUGUUAUCAGUCUAGAACAGGAACACAUGCAGUACUGUAAGCUCAAGCAACGUAAUACAGUCAUCGGAUCCAUUGAUACACCAAUAGGAGAUGAGAGCUACUCACAAUUUCCCGGAAAUACUCGUUUGUGA